UAAAAAUGGAUUUUAAAAAUUCUUAUUCUAAAAAGUUAACGUUGCCGGUGUACAAACCGUGUAACAAUAAUCCUACGGCAAAGAAAACAAGUGCGGAAAUUAUUCGUGAAGCACGUGAACAAAUUAUUAAAGGAAACUUAACAUCAAAUAAUGAGAAAUUACCACCUUCAGAUAGCUCAACGAGUGUGAUUAAACCUGUAAACACACAACGCCCAUUUACACCUAAAGAUAGUCAACGAAUUCUCUUUGGACGUAAUUCAAAAGCUGCACGACCACCAAGUUCCUUUAGUUUAAGAUACCUACAAUUCGAAAAUUCUGAUGUAGUUCCUAGUACACCUCUUAAGCCUCCAGAUGUUGUAGAUCCUAUUAAAGAUGUACAAAAACAAAAGAAGCAAUCGGAAAUAUUUCAAGUGGCUACAGCGGAUAUACCGUUGGCUAAAAUUAAACUACCAUCUAUUGAUGCAUGCUUUAAGCCAUUUAAUAAAUUUCCAUUUCGUUCCACAAAUUCUUUGGAAAAAUUGCCUGAAGAACAUGAAAAUAUUAUUGAAACACCAAAACCAGCGCGCCGAAAUGCAUACAGUAGUCCAAACGAAACUACAGAAUAUACUAGCUCAACAUCAAUUGCCAAUAGCAAUGGCAUCACCGUGAAAAAAACCAGUCACACAGACGCAUUAAUUUUAGAACCACGAAAUUUGGAUAAUAUAUUUUCAAAUAAACAAAUCAUAUACGACUCAGCGAAUUUAUUCACAAAACGGCGUUUUGAUUCAUAUCCAAAUAAUCCAAAAGCACCAAGUGCUGCAACGAAUUUACUUUUUGAUGAAUUCAAUAAUAGUUAUGCAUCAAUCAAUGAAAUUCUGGAUAAGCUUUCUGAUUUAACCAUUACAUGUGAUGAGCUGAUCAAAUAUUUAAGAUUAUUGUAUGAUUGUUUGAAACUUGAAGGUUACAUAAGUGGUGGUAAAAAAGUUGGUUCAAAAUUGAAAUUAAGUAUUUUAAAAUGUUUAUAUAAAUAUGUUGAGAGUAAUAAUGAGAAAAUUUUAUUGAAUAUAGCAAGAAUUAUUUUAGCGAUAAAAGUUACAGGAAGCAAUUUAGUUGGAGUUUGUAAAUUAGUUUUUAAGAUUGCUAGAGAUGAUCGAAAUGAUUCUUUAUUUCUAGAAGAUAAUACUUUAGAUCUUUUUUUGGAAUCAUUGGGAUCUGCAAGCCCAAUUGAAGAUACUGAAGCAUUAAUUUAUGGAUAUGGUGCUAUUAAAUUUUUAACAAUGAAUACUCGUCUAUUAAAAGUUAUUUUGGAACAAGGAAUAUUACAAUUAAUCGUUUUACAUAUUAAAAUUAUAAAUAAUACGAGAAUUGAAAAGGUUCAAGCACCUGAACAAUUGAAUCAUGUCUUAUUCCAAAUAACUGGUGCUUUACGAAAUUUGGCAAAUCAUGAAAAUAUUUAUGAUGCAUUUGUAACAAGUGGUGCUGUGUCUGAAUUAUGUUCAUCUACAGAAUUAUUUACGACUGAUGUUGAUAUUAUUAGUAAUAUUUCAAGAAUAUUAAGUGUUAUUUCAACUGAUGAACAUUGCUGUGAGAUAAUUGCCGAUUUUGAUAACAUUUUUGUUGUAUUCGUACAAUUAUUUGAAAAGUAUCCUGGCAAACAGGACAUGAUCGUACGUCUGGGAUAUACAUUAGGAAAUCUUGUUGCAAGAUUUGAUUAUUCACGAUAUAAAUUUUAUAAUGCACGCAAUUCAAUGAGUAGUUUAAUAAAUGUUAUUAAAAUUUAUACAACAAAAGAUUUAAAAAUUAUUGAAAAUAAUAAUUUAACAUCUGAUUCCGAAUCAUAUAAUAAUUCAAAGGAUCAAGGUUCAACUGGAUCUAUUGAAGAUGUUAUUAUUAAGAUGAUACGAAUUAUCGCAAACAUUUCAAUGAAUUCAGAUGUUGGUCAUGAAUUAUUAACAAUGUAUGGCGCUGGAUUAAUAGAUAUAUUCAUAACAUUGUUGCAACGAAAAACAGUCAAGGAAAGUGAUGAGCUAAUCUUAUCAAUUUUAAGUACAUUAAAUAAUUUAUCAUAUUAUUUUACUACGGAUAUUGAGGUGAAUGUAUUUUAUCGUAAACAAGCAGAUUUAUGCACAGAAUUAUGUAAAGUUUUAAAUUCAGAAAAUACUGAAUGUAUAACAGAAGCAAUACGUGUAUUAGGAAAUUUAACACGUUCAAAAAUAUCACGUGAAUUUAUCAUUGAAAAUAAUACGGUAGAAAAAUUGAUUAGUUUUCUCGAUAAAGAGGAUCUUGAUUUAUUAAAAACAACAAUUGGUGUGUUUAUAAAUAUGAUGGCAGAUGAUGCAACACGUAUGAUAUUUAAAACAGAAAGAGGAAUAACAAAAUUAAUAAAAUUACUAUCACAAUAUGGUGAAAUUGAUUGGUCAUUAAGUACUUUAAUAUGCCAAGUGAUAUGGAAUUAUUGUAUUGAUACAACGAAUAUUUGUUUCAUUAUUGAUGAAUUCGAUGUAAAUCAAUUGCUAGGCUUACUUGCUGAUUAUCUAGAUGAGGAACGAAUUUUUGGUAUAACUGAAGAUAAUGCAACAGACAUAAGUGAUAUAUUAACUUCUGAAGAUUAUAUUUUAUGGGAAGAAUUUGCUACGGUUGGUACAAACCUACUGGAAAAAAUUGAAAACUUUUUAGAUAACAAUUCUUUAGAGAUGUUGGACUGUCGUAACACAACACCAAAUGAUGACGAUGAUGAUGUUUACAUUCCACUAGAAAUGAAUUCAAACACUUGA